AUGCCGGCGACCAAUAUGACGCCCGCCGAUGCCAGCUCGACGAGCACCGUCUACUUGAGGACCCAACCGCCCGCCUGGGCAAUGCUCCAAGCCGGUCUCUCCGUCUUUGCCGUCUUGAUCAUCGCUCGUCACUGCGUGCGCUGGCUCUGCCUGCGGUGGUGUGGUUCAGCCGACAACCGGCUUACAGUCCAAGCAUUUACCGACGGUCCACGAGACCAGCGCACUCAGCAACAGCGCCCCCGUUGGGAGGUGGUAGAUGAGAAGCCGUGGUACGCGCCGAGCCUCACCACCACCAUGCCUUCGGACCAGAAGACAGUUGUGCCGGAGGGAGGGCAAUUGGGCAGCGGGACCGCCCUGCCAGGUGAUAGGAAUUGGAAGUGUGGCUCAGACUCACUGCCGAGACCGUUUGUCUCACGGCUGCCCCCAGCACCGCCUUUGACGCCUCCCGAGCUGAGCCCUGCCGUCUUCACAAUCGAGGACGCACCGCACAGGCAGGACAGCUUCAUCCACCAGCCAAAUCCAGACUACAUGACGUCGACGUCGUCCUUCUCCGAGACGAGCCCGGAGCCCUCUUCCCGGCCGCGGCGGCGUUCGUACCACCGGACCAUCCCGAUCGGCACCCCUGCGCCCCGGCAGGCCUCAUCGUCCGAAGCCGAUGUCGCCGACUUGAAUUUCUCGCCGAGCUCAUACCCCCCGUCAAGUCCGCUGCUCCCGCCGCCGCCUCCAGGCGCUUACGGGGCGGAGGGCCUCGGGCAGGCACGACGGGGGGUUGACGUCAAGGGAGAGAUAAUCUCGGUCCUAGACGGCGGCGGCGGCGGCUGGACGCGCCACACCCGUGUCUAUGGCGGAGGUGUAUGCCUGGCUUGCGCCGCGUCUGGCGGGCAGCACGGAGGCGGCUUCUACGGGGCGACUGUGGCUCCCGAGGAGAUGCGAUGA